GCGCUGCUCUUCGUAACCGUCGCUGCGGCCGCCGCAGCGCCUUGCCGCCGGCAACCCGGGUGGAGUGUUGGGGUGGGGGAGGCGUGAGCGCGGCUUCCCCGCCAGGGGUCGACGCCCGCCCGCCCUGCCCCCGCCUCGGCCCGGCGCCCCCGAGCCGCGGCCCCUUCCCAGCGCAGGGGCCGGCGGCCGCGGCAGGGCGGGCGCCGCGCGGGGGCAGGGCGGGCGUAUUCAAUGGAAGUAUGUUACCAGCUGCCGGUGCUGCCCCUGGACAGGCCGGUCCCCCAGCACGUCCUCAGCCGCCGAGGAGCCAUCAGCUUCAGCUCCAGUUCCGCGCUCUUCGGCUGCCCCAAUCCCCGGCAGCUAUCACAGAGGCGUGGAGCUAUCUCCUAUGACAGCUCUGAUCAGACUGCGUUGUACAUUCGUAUGCUAGGAGAUGUACGCGUAAGGAGUCGAGCAGGAUUUGAAUCAGAAAGGAGAGGUUCUCAUCCAUAUAUUGAUUUUCGUAUUUUUCACGCUCAAUCUGAAAUCGAAGUUUCUGUGUCUGCAAGGAAUAUCAGAAGGUUACUAAGUUUCCAGCGGUAUCUUAGAUCGUCACGCUUUUUCCGUGGUACCAGCGUUUCGAAUUCUCUAAACAUUUUAGAUGAUGAUUAUAAUGGACAAGCCAAGUGUAUGCUGGAAAAAGUUGGAAAUUGGAAUUUUGAUAUCUUUCUAUUUGAUAGACUAACAAAUGGAAAUAGUCUAGUAAGUUUAACGUUUCAUUUAUUUAGUCUUCAUGGAUUAAUUGAGUACUUCCAUUUAGAUAUGAUGAAACUUCGUAGAUUUUUAGUUAUGAUCCAAGAAGAUUACCACAGUCAAAACCCUUACCACAAUGCAGUCCACGCUGCAGAUGUUACUCAGGCCAUGCACUGUUACCUAAAAGAACCUAAGCUUGCCAAUUCUGUAACUCCUUGGGACGUCUUGCUGAGCUUAAUUGCAGCUGCCACUCAUGAUCUGGAUCAUCCAGGUGUUAAUCAACCUUUCCUUAUUAAAACUAACCAUUACUUGGCAACUUUAUACAAGAAUACCUCAGUACUGGAAAAUCACCACUGGAGAUCUGCAGUGGGUUUAUUGAGAGAAUCCGGUUUAUUCUCACAUAUGCCAUUAGAAAGCAGACAACAGAUGGAGGCUCAGAUAGGCGCUCUGAUACUGGCCACGGACAUCAGCCGGCAGAACGAGUACCUGUCCUUGUUUAGGGCCCAUCUGGACAAAGGUGACUUACGUCUGGAAGACAUCAGGCACAGGCAUUUGGUUUUACAGAUGGCUUUGAAGUGUGCAGAUAUUUGUAACCCAUGUCGGACCUGGGAAUUAAGCAAGCAGUGGAGUGAAAAAGUAACGGAGGAGUUCUUCCAUCAAGGAGACGUAGAGAAAAAGUAUCAUCUGGGUGUGAGUCCACUUUGUGAUCGUCAGACCGAAUCUAUUGCCAACAUCCAGAUUGGUUUUAUGACGUAUCUCGUGGAGCCUCUGUUCACAGAAUGGGCCCGGUUCUCCAACACCAGGCUGUCCCAGACAAUGCUCGGACACGUGGGGCUGAACAAAGCCAGCUGGAAGGGACUGCAGCGAGAACAGUCCAGCAGCGAGGACGCUGAUGCUGCAUUUGAGGAGCUGAACUCACAGUUAUUACCUCAGGAGAACCGGUUAUCCUAAACGCCCCCCCAAGUCAGUGGGCAGACUGCCUCUGGAGCUCGUUAGAAAUGUGAAUGGGGUCUUGAGGUGAGAGAACUUUACUCUUGACUGCCGUGGGAAGUGAAUGACGCCAGCAUUAUUUAUUUCCAAGAUUUCCUCUGUUGGAUCAUUUGAACCCACUUUUUAAUUACAAGACCCGAACAUACAGCAAUAUGCAUUUGGCUUUCGUGUGAAACCUUGAAUAUGCAAAGCCCAGCGGGAGCGAACCGAAGGGAAUAACAAAGUUUUGCAGGAAGUUUUGCGGUGGCCCUCGUGCUUCUCGAAGCAUCAUGAAACUUGAACCGAAGCCUUCAGCAGAAAUCUUUGGAAUUUAACCCGUCUGAUGCAACAGUGUGUAUCUGUACCUUCCACUAAGUUCUCUCGGAGAAAAUGGAAAUGUGAAGUGCCCAGCCUCUGCGCCUCUGGCCAGACUUGAUGUUUACAGACCAACUCUGAAAUACUGGUUCUCAAUCCGCCUUGGAGCACGAUUGUGAAGGAACCACUAAGAAUUUUAAAGAUCAAACCUAAACUGCAGCCCUUUCCCCCGGUUUGCCUUUCUUCUUCUUUGGAUGCCACCAAAGCCUCCCAUUUGCUAUCCUUUUACUUUGUGCACUGGAAACUGAGCACUUAUCCUAGAGUGCCGCCGAGCUUUCACUCCAGUGCUGUUGGGCAAUGCAAUUUUUUUUAACUCUUAGUUUUUAAUUUGGGGCGGGAGGGGCAGAACCCCAGUGUCCUAGCUGUAUUAUGAUUCCGCAGUGAAGACGUUGCAUGUUGUUUUCACUAAUGUACACUUGACCUGCACAUGCAAGAAAAGGGUGGAAUGUUUUAAAACACCAUAAUCAGCUCAGGGUAUUGCCAAUCUGAAAUAAAGUGGGAUGGGCCAGUGUGUCCUUCAGAGCAAGGGUACUAAAGUCCCUCUCGCUGCAGGGAGUGAGAGGUAUGUUGUGUGUGUGCGGAUGUGUGUGUGGGGCACGCUCGUGCAUGUGUGACUGUGCAUGUGUUCUAUUUAUCCACGUGGGAAGGAUUGGGAACGUCAGCUUUUAUUUAUUAUUUUAGAAUGUGACAUAAUGAGCAGCCACACGUGGGGAGGGGAAGGGAGGUCAGCUGUAACAGAUCGCUCCAGAUGCCUUAAACUAUGCACAAAGCUAAGUGACCAAACUUCUUGUUUUGAUUUGAAAAAAAGUGCAUUGUUUUCUUGUCCCUCCCCCUUUGAUGAAACGUUACCCUUUGAUGGGCCUUUUGAUGUGAACAGAUGUUUUCUAGGACAAAAUCUAAGGACUAAUUUUAAACUUACAACAUUCCACUUUUGUAAUUUGUUUUAAAAUGUUUUAUGUGUAGUAAGCACAACUGUAAUCUAGUUUUAAGAGGAACCGGUGCUUUCUUUUAGUUCAAUUGUAUUUCCCUUGUUACUGUAAAGGACUGUUUAUUAAUUAUGUUUACAAGUUUGUUGCAACAGUCAUUUUCUUGGGAGAAAGCUUGAGUGUAAAGCCAUUUGUAAAAGGCUUUGCCAUACUCAUUUUAAUACGUGCCUGUUGCUGUUAACUUUUGACGAAUAAAAACCUAUCUUUUCACAUUUUCAUCUUUGAUAUUUACCUAUAAGUCAGUCCGUUGGAAACCACGACGCUAAAUUACUAGGGAAGCAAAGAAUUCGCUUCUCGGCUCCGGCAUUCGCUCGCCACACAUUUGUUCGGGCAGAGCUGGGCGCAGGCAGAGUCCUGCGGGCUCGUGUGCUGCCUGCACCUCACGGGUGAGCAAGCUGAGGCCGGGAUGUAGUGGACAGAGUCCUAACAGCCGGGAGAAGUCGGCUCUGAGCCCAGCCUCUUGACUCCACAGCCCUUUGUUCCACGGCGGGAACCUCAGGCCUUUGUGCAGCACGUCUCGGUUCGGACCAGCCAUGUUUCUGGUGCCCGGUCUCCACAUGUGGCUCGUGGCCACCACACUGGACAGCUGGGUGCAGAAGUCCGAGGGCUAUGUGGGGAAGGCAGACGUUCUCGGGAAGCCAAAUGACGACCAGCCGGUUGCUUGAGCAUGGAUUCUCAGCAAGGGAAGCAAGUCGCCUCACGCAUCCUGCAGGGACGUACCUGCUGCUACUCGUUUGUGGACCACGGUUCCCCUGAACGAGGCUACAGAUUCUCCGCCAGGAGCUGCUUCUCCACGCCUUCUUGAUUGGCACAUCCAGCAGACAUGUCAGACCUUCAGCCUUGCAUCAGUUGAGCCUGCCUGGGCUCCAUCUGCCAGUGGGGAGACACCUGAGCGUUGUUCCCAUCUCCUGCCUACACAUAAAAUAAACCCACUGCAAAGCUGUCAGUCUACCGUCAUGAGCAAUUAUGUGGAAACUAGUCUGUCAAUGCCGAGGUCACGUGGUCACAGUAUCCGAGUUCCUGUUGUGUGCAGAACUGCACUGGAUGUAAUAAAGGUAUUAAAACUAAAUAUCGAGACGGGGUCUCUGUUCUCAAAAUGUUUGGGUGACAAGAUGAUGUGUGGAAAGCAUCUGUUAUGUAAUAUGGGAGGUUUCUAUACUGUACAAAAUGAGUGUAAAGUGUUAGGGUGUUGUUGAGAAUGAAUGAUUUUGUUGGGUUAAUGAUGAAAAUGACACCAUUUCCAGUAAUUAUUGAAUCUUACUAACAUCCGUGACUGGUAAAAUCAUUUAGCUUUCAAGUUUGAUUCUAAAAUAUGUCUUAGAUGUUCACUGUGAUACUUCUAGUAAAAUACUAAUAACUUUUAUCAAUCACAGUAACAUUUUUUUUUUACUUUUACAGCUAUGCUCAGUCGUCCUGAACCUAUCCUGAAGUCUGGUAGAAUGGUCAGGGAAAGAGAAACACCCCCAUUUUUAGCAUUAGAUUCUUUUUAGCUGUAUUUUAAAACCGAAGCACAGUGACCUAUUGGUUUAUUGCAACUUUCCACUGGUCCCAUCAAUAGUCUUGUUAAGAAAGUUCAUCUUAUAUUACAUUUAUGUUUAAGCUAUGCAUUGUUUGAGAUUUUUGAGCAUAAAUUUGAAGUGUUUCUUUACUGUUGAGCUGCAUCCUAUAAAGAAUCGGGAGGCUGCAUGGUAUCCCAAGGUGCUUUAUCUUUUGAAGAAAGUAUCAUAAAGGAAUGUGUUUAAAGUUCCUAGUUGAACAUUUGCAGGAAAGUUUCUGAAUUUCCAUCUAAGAAUCCUCACAAGAUAGGGGUUAACUUUUCCAUUGUAGGGAACAGAGUCUCACUCAGAUCACUGCAGGGUAACUGGAGCUUUAUCUUGAGGAUUCAUGUUCACGAUAAUGAGACAAACCCUAUGAAGGCUGUAGAAGCAGAACCUGGGGGUCUGAGCGCUCUGAGAUGUAGCUUCUUGCUGCGUCUGCCUCUUCCCACACUUCUCCUUUUCCUUUCUCUUCUCUACCUUGGAGUGUCUGCUUAGAAAGGCAGUAAAGUUUUUAAAGUGUUGUCUUUAUGGCUAGAUCGACUGUGUUAAGGUCUCUGGUCGUGUAUUAGCGUGUCACCUCAUCUUCUGCGUGGCUCCCUAACCUAUAACAUGUCUGCCUCGUGAAGGUAAAAUAAUGUCCUGACACGGUUCAGUCCCAGUGUCCUUGUUCGUGUCCUCGUCAUCUGUUUUGUAUAAACUGCUCGUGGGUAUCGUGGGUACACGUGUACCUCAUGGCGUGCUUAUUUGAGCUCCAGGUACCAACUGUGCCCCUCGCUCGAGGUUUCCUAUUCAGAUUCCUAAGGGAGGACCUGGACCAGCUCGUCAGGGCUGUGUCCUGAGUCACACAUGUCUCUGCAUUAGCUGGUGCUCCCCUUGCAGAGGGCAGUCUGCUCCAGAGCUGCGUCAGAGAGAUCAUCGUGCAGAGUGUCACGUGCUCUCCACCGUCACCGAUCACACCUGCGUUACACAACAGUGUCCCCACCACACCUGCUUCGCACCCUUUUUCAUCCUCUGAUAGCAAGCAUGAGUGGCCGGUGAAGAGGGACGGCUCCUAGGCCAUGUGAACAGAAAGCUGUUCACAACUCUGCUUAGAGAAGGAGCUCUCUGACCUUUAGAAGAGGCUGGAAAAUCUUCCAGGGGAGAGAAGUUUGAGAAGCUCCAGCUAGAGGAACAUUAAGUUUUCCAGCCCCUACCAAGUGGACUAAGGACAACAGCUUUCGGGGAAACAUCCAAGAUUUCUGGAUCCUUCCAUGGAUCUUUAAGUUACAUAUGGGGAGAAGUGUGUGUUUGACCAGAGAUCACAGGACAUGGAAUCAAAGAAACAUAAGGGUUGAGUCCUGACCCUAUCCAAAAACUGUUUCAGCUUCCUACCCACCCGUGGCACUGGAUGGCACUACAGUGAAAACGGUUUCCAUGAUCCUUGACUUCCCUCUUUAAAGGAAAGCAUUAUGGAAUUUCAGCAGCAAACAUUAUCUGGUUCCUACUCAAACUCCAUCUCCAAUCCAAGAAAAACGUGAGAGAGAAUCUAACAUCAAAAGUUCUGUUCAAGACUUCAACAUGUGUGGCCCAAACUAGAAAAGAAACAAAAAAGACACUGGUUCAUGUAACAGUAAUGAUAUGCCCCGCUCCCAAUCAUGGAUCAAAGUUCCCCUCACAGUCUCACGUGGUCAUGUGACGGAGCUGUGUCUAACAAGAUGGUGAGCCACUUCGGAAGGCUGCUUAGAGGGCAGUGACUCAACUCUACAAGAAAGAAAGUCCUUUCAUCUCUAGCCCUACCCACUUUUCCUGCUUCUGAGAGCCUUGAGAGUCGCUGAAGGACAGAAGCUAACCUUGACAGUAAAGCCAAAGCUAAGGAUGGCAAAGAACCUGGCUGGUCCCUGAGGACACAGUGGAGCCACUGUCAGCUUCAGACUAUCCACUCUGGAUGUUUUUGACUUGAGAAAAAUUUCCAUCACCAUUAUUUUGGGCUUCUGUUUGAUGUAGUCAAACUCAGACUGACUGUUGUAACAUUCACCAACAUUAUACUGUAUUUCAGUUUUCCUUUAACUGAACACUGCUAUUUUAGUUUUGCUUGAGAGCUAUGAUAACUCAUUCUACCUAGUGUCUGAAUGAAUGAAUUCUUGGACCUUCAGCUUUUGGUAUUUUGCACUGAAUUCAGUUGUUUUUCUUCAUAUCUAAUUUUGAUUAUGCCCUGUUAAUUAAACUGUCAUACACAGAGGCUGCUUGCAAAUUGUUUUUUACCUGUAGUAUUAAUUAUUAAACAAAAAUAUUUGGAGAAUAAAUGUCCUCGUUAUUACCUAACUAGCAACCAACUUUAAUAAUACUAACCUCAUUCACUUUAUUUAAUUUAGAAUAUCUGUGGGGUAGGGAAAUAUAUUGGGCUUGCAAAGCUUUAAUUACCAUUUCCUUUCUUACCCCACACGGGGAAGAAACAGGUGAUGAAAUGUCUAAAAAAAGUACAUAACGAUUAAACAAAGGCAAAAACUUUUAUAAGAAACAAUACCAAUGCUCUGAUUAAAUACAUUAAUAUGUUCUCUGAAAGAUUAUAUGUUAUAUAAGUUCAGAUUAGAGCAUGUGCUCUAAUCAACCUGCAAUAAAGAAAGUAAUUUUAAUAAGACAUUAAAUUUUUUUUAAAUCAC